AUGCCUCAGGGUGCAGGUAGAAAACGACGUGAUGUUGUAAACCUCGAAAGGUUUCUCAGAAAAAAGGACUGUAUUGUUCAAAUCAAAAACAAAGAUGAUCUCUGUUGUGCCCGCGCGAUCAUAGUGGCCAAAGCAAAGCUGGACAAAGACCCACAGUAUAAGAGCAUCGUAACACCGCGUGGAACACUGCAAACUCACCUAGCUCAUCAACUCCAUGAAUCAGCGGGCGUCCCUCUUGGCUCCUGUGGCAUCCCAGAAGUCAAGAAGUUCCAAACUGCUCUCCCUGGUUAUCAACUGAACGUAAUCUCCAAGGAACAUUUGAAUGCCCUCAUCUACACAGGUCCUGAAGCUGAAAAACACCUAUAUUUAUACCAUCAUGACAACCAUUAUGACGUCAUCACCAGUAUGCCUGCCUUCCUCGCCCGUAAACAGUAUUGCCAUAAAUGCAAGAAGGGCUACGACAAGAUUACUGACAUCCCUGUGGCGAUCUGUGCCAGUUAUGUAAUACCCAAAACUGUCCCAUUGUUAAAUGGAAAUUUUGCAAAGACUGUAACCGUUUCUUGA